AUGUCACUUGACACAGUGGCCCUCGAAGUACUCUGUCUCGUUGCAUCGAAACUGCCACGGCACACAAUUCAUUUUACGGUGCCUCUUGACUCCUUGCCCUUCGAAUUAAUCUGUCUUAUUGUAUCGAAUCUGCCUCGGUACAAAGACAGGUUGUCACUUGUGCGAUGCAAUCGUAUGCUUCAUGAUACCGGCAUUCAUGUCCUGUACAAGCAAGACAGCCGUACUGCAAACUAUGCACUACAAUGGUUGAUAAACAGGGGGUUUGAACUGGGAAUCCAGCACAUAAUAUCACGCAACAAUCUAGACGUGAACAUGGCAGUGGCCCCCCGGCGCACCUCGAUCAACACACCCUUACUCCUUGCCGUCGGGUUCGGUCAUACGAAUAUUGUGGAGCUCCUGCUGCGCAAUGGAGCCCUAGUCAAUCUCGUGACGGAUAUUUCCGCCUUGGAAUACGCUGCAAGUCUGGGAGACUCCAAUAUGACCAGUUUGCUCAUCCAGCAUGGUGCCCAUGUAGACCUUGUGGGCGCAAAACGCGGUCUUACUCCUCUACAAUGUGCUCUGGAACUUGGGUACAUAUUACAAAAUGGCAACCCAUACUCGCUACAUUGGAGUGAUCGGGAUGGUUUGUUGAACCACAAAGGAGAGGAUGAAUUUAUCGCGGUGAUCCAGUUGCUGCUGGCUCACGGGGCUGAUCCGCUUUUCCACGAUGCCACCUGCCAGUCUACUUGUCUACACAGGAUUCCCAAUAGCCCAUGGAAAUCGACAGAGAAAGUCGUCAAUCUGUUUCUCGCUGCUGGGGCUGAUUUAAAUGCACGAAAUUGGGAAGGAUACACCCCCUCCACUAACGCAUUCAGAGGAGAUACAAACGCCCAGAAGGAGUUUGUGACAUUACUCUUGAAGUAUGGCGCCGAUGUUAACCUACAGAACGAGAAUGGAGAACCACCACUAGGUAUCAGAUUUGAGAAUCCGAACAUCUGGCAACUUUUCUUAGGACAAGGAGCGAAUACCCGUUCCCACGGUAAAACCGGAGACAUGCUCAUUUCGAUGCUUUUGAGGAUUCCGUUGCGAAAGCAAUGGAAAACCACAAAGCAAUAUCGCAUCAACAAUCUAUUGAUAGAGAUACUAGUGGAGCAUGGGGCUUGCACAGAUCAAAUCAUCGAUGGGAAACGUCCACUGGACUUGAGGGCGGUAAGAAAAUACCCCGUGCUCCGAGAUUUGAUGAGCAAGAGGACAAUGGCUUCAGGCAAACCUCCAUCAAAGAGGUCAUCCAAGUACCGGAAACAUAGCGGUCCCAUAAGAAAAGCCAACAAACACAAGAAGACCACGAGGCCCCCGAAGCCCACGAGAAAACUGACCUCAAAGACUCCCCCCAAGGCUUGA